AUGAGAACGAGGCGAGGCGCACGGCCGCCUUCCUUGGCGGGGCUUCUCCUUCGGUACCAGGAGGGGGCAUUGGCAGACCCGUCCGCUCUGGCCGAAUCGGCUCCUGCAACGGGACCCGAGGCGUUCCUUACCCGCAGAACCCUCCCUCCCUUGGCCGACCCGGAGCGGGGAGGCGUUUCCUUCGGUCCUACCCGGGGAGCGGCUCCCGGGAGCGCCGGAGAAGGUGGGGCGGGGGCCGGGCGCCAGGCGGAGGCACGGAGCCCCGGAGUGCCCGGAGAUGGCAGGCCGACAGGUGGAACAGGUUGA